AUGCACGUGUCCCAGCACCUGCGGGCAGAGGUUGGCCUGGCCCUGGUCUCCGUGGCCCAGUGGGCCUACUAUAGCCUGGCUGACUUCCAUCACGACAACAGCAAGGCCCUGGAGCUGCUGUUGCACAUGGUGCUGCGGCAGGUGGCUGUGUCCUUGCUGGUCCGCUGCCUGGACACACUGGGUGGCCCUGGGACGAGCAACCUGGAGCCCACCACCACCCCUCUCAGCCGGCGCUUCCAGGGGCCUGACCCUGCCACCCUGAGGACAUGCAUGCCAGCCUCCAUCAGCCUGUGCCUCGUGGCUGGGGACAUGGAUGCCAGUGAGGUAGAAGCAGGGGAUGGCUUCGGGGCCACAGGCGUACCCCUGAAUACCAGGUUCCAGAGUGGGCAGCGUGCACGUCCGCCGGAAGGGGCGGGGCCAGGAGCGUCUUUAUAUACGGUGCGCGGCGUGCUUGCCGACCUCUACCGGCGGGCUUGUCAGCAAGAUGGUGAGUUCUCUUGCGUUGUGUUUGUGGCUCGGUCCUGCUCGGCUGUAUCCGCGGUCAUCGUCGCCAUCCUAGGCUGGCCGAUGCUGCCAGCUCGAUCUCGGGAGAAGAGGGACACGGAGAUGUCAGUCGGGCCUAUUUCCGUGAUCUGCGUGUCUGCGCGGCCUGGGGGUGUCCUCGGGCCGGCCCACGUGGCCCGGGCGCUGACCGGGGUCCGUCUCCCCCAGUCGCACAGGAAGUUCUCGGCCCCCCGCCACGGCUCCCUGGGCUUCCUGCCGCGGAAGCGCAGCAGCCGGCACCGCGGCAAGGUGAAGAGCUUCCCCAAGGAUGACGCCUCCAAGCCCGUGCACCUGACGGCCUUCCUCGGCUACAAGGCCGGGAUGACGCACAUCGUGCGCGAGGUGGACCGGCCAGGCUCCAAGGUGAACAAGAAGGAAGUGGUGGAGGCCGUGACCAUCGUGGAGACGCCGCCCAUGGUGGUGGUGGGCAUCGUGGGCUACGUGGAAACGCCGCGUGGCCUCCGCACCUUCAAGACCAUCUUCGCGGAGCACAUCAGUGAUGAGUGCAAGAGGCGCUUCUACAAGAACUGGCACAAGUCCAAGAAGAAGGCCUUUACCAAGUACUGCAAGAAGUGGCAGGACGACAUGGGCAAGAAGCAGCUGGAGAAGGACUUCAGCAGCAUGAAGAAGUAUUGCCAGGUCAUCCGUGUCAUCGCCCACACGCAGAUGCGCCUGCUGCCGUUGCGACAGAAGAAAGCCCACCUCAUGGAGAUCCAGGUGAACGGUGGCACCGUGGCCGAGAAGCUGGACUGGGCCCGCGAGCGCCUGGAGCAGCAGGUGCCCGUGAACCAGGUGUUCGGGCAGGACGAGAUGAUUGAUGUCAUCGGUGUGACCAAGGGCAAAGGCUACAAAGGGGUGACCAGCCGCUGGCACACCAAGAAGCUGCCCCGCAAGACGCAUCGUGGCCUGCGCAAGGUGGCCUGCAUUGGGGCCUGGCAUCCUGCACGCGUGGCCUUUUCUGUUGCGCGAGCUGGGCAGAAAGGCUACCAUCACCGCACGGAGAUCAACAAGAAGAUCUACAAGAUUGGUCAGGGCUACUUGAUCAAGGACGGCAAGCUGAUCAAGAACAACGCUUCCACCGACUACGACCUGUCGGACAAGAGCAUCAACCCGCUGGGUGGCUUUGUCCACUAUGGUGAAGUGACCAACGACUUUGUCAUGCUGAAGGGCUGCGUGGUGGGGACCAAGAAGCGUGUGCUUACCCUGCGCAAGUCCCUGCUGGUGCAGACCAAACGGCGGGCGCUGGAGAAGAUUGACCUCAAGUUCAUCGACACCACCUCCAAGUUUGGCCAUGGCCGCUUCCAGACCGUGGAGGAGAAGAAGGCGUUCAUGGGACCACUCAAGAAAGACAGGAUUGCCAAGGAAGAGGGAGCGUGAUGUCAGGAGCAUGAGCAGUCUGUGGCAUCACAAUAAAAGUGACUUUCUGGGAA